AUUGAGUCCGCGUGAUCUGCGCCAGGCGGAGGCCGGCCGGGGGGGGGGGGGGGGGGGUCAGGGGUCAGGGCGGUGUGACGUGACGUCGCGUUGGGAGCCCGGCGGCCGAGGCGCCGGCAUCAACAUGGAGGUCCAGUACAACCUGAGGAACCCGGCUGUGAAACGUUUAAUGAAAGAAGCACAAGAACUGAGAGACCCCACAGAACAGUACCAUGCCCAGCCUCUGGAGGAUAAUCUAUUCGAAUGGCAUUUCACAGUACGAGGUCCUCCAGACUCUGACUUUGAUGGUGGUGUAUACCAUGGCCGAAUUGUGCUGCCACCAGAGUAUCCCAUGAAGCCGCCCAGCAUUAUUCUUCUAACACCUAAUGGUAGAUUCGAAGUAGGAAAGAAGAUUUGUCUGAGCAUUUCGGGACAUCAUCCCGAAACCUGGCAACCAUCCUGGAGUAUACGAACUGCAUUGUUGGCCAUUAUUGGCUUCAUGCCAACGAAAGGAGAAGGAGCCAUUGGUUCUCUGGAUUAUACUCCCGAUGAGAGAAAAGCACUGGCCAAAAAGUCACAGGACUUCAACUGUGAAAUUUGUGCCACUUGCAUGAAGACAGCCCUGCUUGCAUGCUCAGAAAGUAGCAUUCCAAGUCUCGCUGAUGUGGAGGCCAAAGAAUUAGCAAAACAAAUCAAUUUUAAGGCAGAGACACAUACUUCCAGCAAUGCUGCAACUGAAUCUGCUGCUGCUGCUGCUCCUCCUGCUCCAGCAACAAUAAUAAAUGAAAACCAAGAUAGCCAAGUUUCCCAGCAACCUGCAUCCGCUGGUACCAGUCUGGAAACAGGAAUGAUUAUUGGAGAUGACACUCACGUUGGGAAUCAGGAAGAUACACAAAGUGUGCCGCCUAACACCACAUCGCUCAGCCCUCGACAGCGGCGUGCACAACAACAACAACAACAACAGACAAGGCGCCCAACUUCAUCAUACUCUCAAGUCCGGCAACCAACUAACACGAAUCAAAUCGGAUCCACUAUCCUAAUUGUUGUUUUGACAUUAGCGCUGGCUGCCCUCAUUUUCCGAAGGAUUUACAUGGCCAAUGAAUAUAGAUUUGACUAUGAAUUGUAAUGAUCAGUUGUUUUGUAUAGCGUAGACUGGGUUUAUUACAUACCUUAUGUAUUCUAGCAUGUUCGGUCACCAUAUUAAACAAUAUUUGCUGGGCAUUGUAUGACCUAUGCAAAGUGGAUUUAAGAAGUUAUAGUAUGCAAAGGUUAUGCAUAAUUAUCCUUGGGAUAGCAAAAAGCAUUUUCCAAAUAUUUUACACUGCAGGGAAACCCAUUUAAGAAUAGUUUUGAUCAUAUCCUAUUCAAAUCAGUUUAGUGUUAGUAGAAUUGAGUUGUUUUCAUUGAGGUUAUGCUGUUCAAAAACGUAUUGUUCUGAACAUGUUGCUGAACUAUUUAACUGGGAAGUUCAUUGGCUUUUAACACCAGUCCAAGUUAAAUUAUAUGCAAUUGUCCCUUUUUGAAGUGAAUCAUAUUUCUUUCUGUUCCCUAAUAUUGUAACCCUGUCGGUUAGAGUGUGAAUUUCCAGUUGUUAUGUGGAUUUGAGCAGCUUGGCAGGAGUUAUGGUACUCUGCAAAUUUAAAAUCUAUAUUGAAUUGCUCAGUGAAGUAGUUACAGGCUUAAAUGUAAUACUGGUUUCUUGGCACCAGGUUAACAGAAAUACCAUUAAUUCAAUUUAAAAAUAUCUCCUCUCACGAGGGAUCCAUCAGAAAUGUGAUCUACAAAGACCUAUAAAGUUAAUCUAAAAAACAGCAGGCAUCAAAUGUACAUCAGCCUCCAUGCUUUGUGAUCUUGUAGAUUAUUCAGGAGCGACAAAUUGUAUGGAUUUAAAAAGUUUUCUCAUGGUACAAGAACCCAUAGAAUAUGUAGUGAUAAAAGGAAAAUGAUUUAGCGCUAGUCCAUGAAGCAAUUCUGGCAUAAAUUUUUAUUUUUGAGUAGCUUAAUUUAAUGGGAAGAAACAUGAAGGAAUGUUGCAGUAAUUUUGGUAUAAUGUCAAGGUAACUCUAUUUCUAAGCUUCAAUAAGCAUAAGAGUUGUUGCGUUUGAGAAUAGUGCUUGGAUAAGUUAUUUGUAGAAACAUCUUCCCAUCCUGAGUUGGCCAGAGUAACCAUCUAUUGCAUUUUUCAGCAAGUGAUUUAAAAAAAAAAAAGCGCUUUUUCAGUUAUGGAGAUUUGUUUCCUUGAGGUAUGAAUGUAAUAGCAUGUCAGUGUGUGUGUCUCUCUUUUGAACUUUCUGUUCAAAGUUAAUAAUGCAAUUUUCUUGUAUACGAUGCUAUGCAGAUUUAUAAUUUUUGAUUUGACAUUCUGAGUGAAUGGAGGGAGAUUUUUUUUUCAAUUGCUGGUUGCUUUUUGAACAAUGACUUUUGCUGAUGUAAAACUUUUUAAAGCUAUCUCACACAGAUAUAAAUGUUUACCAUUGUAUUUCCAGUUAUAGAAUUGCUUUUUGUGGGACCUAAAUCCUUUGUACAACCAUCAACACAGCACUUUACAGUUAAGGGAACAAUCUGGUUACUCUUGUCUUUCUUAUUCAUUAUUGUUACCAAGCUCAAAGUAGAUGUUCGAUACGGUAGUUUUUGUUUGAAAUAACGAACUGUUUGUGGGUUUGGAAGAAAAAUGAACUUUCCUGUCUGGCAGCAUAGCCCGUCAUCCAUUCCGAAAGAUUCUUUGGAGAGUUUUGUAUUAAAGUUCAUGAAUUGUGAUAUUAAAAACACUUUCCUGUCACAAGCACAAUUCAGAAGGUUGCUAAAAUAGUACUGAUAUAACAAUUUAAUUAUAAUAGUGAAUAAAUAUAAUUCCAGAUUUA